ACUAUUUUCUAACCUAAGUAACGCCCAUUUCUCCAGUUUCACGAGGAAGAGGAGAAUGGCUGCCACAACAAUGGAUCUGACUUUGAGCCUUCAAAUCAGCCCCAAAAACCCCCGCGAGCAUGGAGCCAUAGUCGAGGAAAUCGAAGGGCUUAUCAGGGUCUACGAAGAUGGACAUGUGGAGAGACCCCAGAUCGUGCCACUCGUCACCGCCUCUUUGCCGCCUGAGCUCGGGGUCUCCGCUAGGGACACCGUCGUCGACAGAUUCACCAACAUUUGGGCGCGUUUCUACAUGCCCAAGUCCCGCGGGAAGCCGCUCCCACUGCUCGUUUACUUCCACGGUGGCGGAUUCUGCGUCGGCUCCGCCGCCUGGAGUUGCUACCACGAGUUCCUCGCAGAGCUGGCCGCCGCAGCCGGCUGCGUGAUCAUGUCCUUGAACUACCGCUUGGCGCCGGAAAAUCCGCUUCCGGCGGCCUUCGAAGAUGGGUUCAAGGCCGUUAUGUGGUUGAGGCAACAAGCUUUGUUUGGGACUGAAUACUGGUGGUCAAAGCAAUGCAACUUCUCGAAAAUCUUCCUCGCAGGCGACAGCGCCGGCGGCAACAUAGCCUACAAUGUGGCAAUAAGAUUGGCAUCACAACCGACGGCGGCGCUAAGCCCGUUUAAGAUCAAGGGAACCAUUUUAAUCCAACCCUUUUUCGGAGGAGAAGAAAGGACUAAUUCGGAGAAGUUCGCGGCGGCGCAGCCGCCACACUCUGCCCUGAACUUGUCGGCUUCGGACACGUAUUGGCGGCUGGCGCUCCCUGCGGGGGCCAACCGGGACCAUCCAUGGUCGAACCCAGUGGCGAAAGGGUCGGGAAAAUGGGCGGAGCCGAGGCUUUUUCCUAGCAUGGUGUGCAUAUCGGAGAUGGAUAUAUUGAAAGAUCGGAACUUGGAGUUCUGUGCCGCCUUCUCCGGCGCCGGCGCCGAGAAGUCGGAGCAUGUGAUUUACAGAGGCGUUGGCCAUGCAUUUCAGAUCCUUAAUAAGUCCCUUCUGUCACAAUCUCGAACUCACGAAAUGAUUUCUCAUAUCAAAGCCUUCAUUAGCAGAUCAUGAAUUAACGUAAAUUGCUUAAGUUUUGUAUAUCAUAUCUUUAUAGGAUUAUAUAUAACUUUGGUUGGCUGGCUUGUGGAAAUUAAUGGAAUCAUAUAUGAAGAGGAGUUCAUUUGAAAUGA